AUGAAUUUCAAAAAUGAUUUGCGUGAGAACGAGAGCCACUCUCGAGAGCAAUUCUUUCACGCCUUCAAACAGUCUAGCAGCAAUGCUCAAUUUUCUCUAGCAGGGCUUUCGGAAUCUGGUAAAGAUCCGAGACUAUCAGCAAAACAAUUUCCUCAUCAAAGGCUAGACUUAGAGGAAGAUGAGAAAAGAAAGCUUGGAUCCAAGGGUGGACAGCAGAGGUCGAGACUACGGGAUGACGACCGGAAAGGACACUUGGAUGUAGUGCUGCGUGCGACGGAGCAAUUUCUCGCUCAAGGAGAAGUCGCAAAAGCCGCCAAAGCUUUUGGCAUUAUUCUUCAGCUUAGGCCAAGGACACAAUCCAUCGAUAUCCGCCUCCAUAAUCUCUGGUCUAUCGGAGCAGAGAUUCUCAUGCGGCAGAGGGAGAAGCUGAAAAACUUAGAUCAGCAUUUACAGUCAGCUCCUGGCCAAAGCGACCAUGCUUUUCAGAUGGCUGAAUCCCAAUGGGGUUCUUCUAGCAGCAUGAGCGAGAUCAAAUCGUAUUUUGAAAUCCUGAUACGUCAGUACGCAUACGAUCACAAAUUACCGCACAAGCUCUCAGCGCUUGACUUUUGGCUGGCCUUACUGAGCUGCGAGCUGAGCAAUAUCUACAUGGAGCAUGUAGGAGGCAUCGCUCGCCAAGAGAAGGAAACAAUGCUUCAACAUACAGAUCCUGCGCAUCACUAUUCUUUAAUGUCGACAUCGCCCAGUACGAGCGACUCUGGGCAACCUGAUCUUGAAAGCGCUGAUUUUGAGCCACGUUAUGAAUCAAAGGAGGAUUGGGCCAAGAGACAUAAAGAAGCAAUAUGCCAGCGCACCCUCAGAGGACUGCAGAAUAUUAGCCUGAGGAUGGAAAAACUUAUGGACCAGCUACCAUACUCUAAAAAUGCACAUUUCUUGCAGCUGAAGGAGACGAUAUCGUUCCUCUCAGCUGACCUUGCAUCGUCUCUGGGUAUUUCUGGGUUAUAA